ACGCAGCUCCAGAACACACGCUCAUCACAUCUGCCUGACACUCUGCCGCCACGCUCACCUGCACACUACUGCCAUCAUGGUGCGCUUGAUAUUAAUGCUCGCUGUGGUCAUCAUCGAAUAUGUGUAUGGAAGACCCCGUCUCUCUCCUCUGCCUAUGAAAGACGGCUGCUUCCUGGUGUCUCCAGAGGUGGAGAUUGUAAGACUGGAGGGUGAGGCCAUAAUCCUCUCCUUCCCAAUGUUCGAUAGAGUGCUCGAAGUACGCAACAUCGCCCCCCUCAACGCAAAGUACAUCAUCAGCAAAGACAAUGUGACAGAGGGCGCGGCCAAUCAGGGCGAGGGGCGUGUUCAGCAGCGUGUCAAACAGUUGUGGUUCCUCCCGGCUCAGGCUGCAGACUCAGGGGAAUAUAUUUGCACUUACAGGAAUGAAACCUACUGUGUAACUGGGAGCAUCACGCUACACGUGUUCGAGUCCAGUUCUGUUGACACGCAGGAACUGACGUACCCAAUGUCAGCCUUAGUGGGCGAGAAUCUGAGACUGUCAUGUCCGUCUCUAAGUGACUUCAACGACACAGAAGGACUGAUAGAGUGGCACAAGGACUCCAGCCCCUCUGCCCCUCAGCCGGGCGAAGCGCGCUCCUUCCACCAGGACCGUGGGAGACUAAUAGUUCCUGCUGUGAGGCGAUCCCAUGCCGGAGUCUACAUGUGUCGGCUCAGCGUGCUCAUCGAUGACCAGCAGUACAAAGUCAGCAGAACCAUCGUGCUGAGAGUGAAAGGUGUAGACCCAGUAACACCCCCCCCCACCACCAUCACCACGCCUGACCUCUCCAUGACCUCUAACCACGGGCUAAUCAGCAGCACCGUUCUCAUAUUUCGACCACCUGUGAUCAUCUCGCCACAGAACGGAAGCGUUUUUGAAAGUCCGCAUGGUUCAGGACUGGAGCUGUCUUGCGACGUGCUCACUGAAUGUCAGAUGGCAGAGUCCACUGAGGUCACAUGGCUGGUCAACGGCCAAUCAGUGGAGUCCUCGUACCUUGAUGGGCGGGCUCUGCAAGGGGGAAGGAGGGUAACCAGGGUGUCUGAAGGCUGCCGGAUUGAGUUGAGGCUAGUUGUCGUAGCCAUGACAGAAGAAGACGUGAAGACGGAGCUGAAGUGCGUCACUCAGAACCCGGAAGGGAGACAGGAAGUGGUCGCACACCUUCAACUCGAGGACUCCACGUUCACAUGGCUGAUGGUGGCCGCGGUGGCCGUGUCCUGCUUCCUGACUGUGGUUUCCAUCUUCCUUUACGUCCUCUUCAAACCUAAGAGGAAAAAUAAAAUGGAUUACUUUCUGGCUCGGCAGAACAGCAGCUUUUAGCGCACUCCCUCCACAAACAAAGACCUUCUUUAAUAUGUUUGCUGUUACAUCAAAUGUCUUUCAUGCACGUGUUCACUUUUUCAGGGAUUUAAUGUUUUUGAAUCAGUCGCACUUUUUUUUAAAUGUUUGAAUGUUAUAAUAUGUGUUAAUAUGGCUAUAACAUCCAUUUGUUUUUUUAUAUAUAGUUGCAGCCAUUAAAGAAACUUUCUUUAACAUCUAUCUCGUGUUGGUGUGGCAGAAAUAUUCUGCUUAAAUGAUGCCACACAGAAGUACAGCAGAACCUCUGAUAGCAGGUCAAACUCAAAGACUUCAUCUGCACAUGAAGACAACUCAUGCACCUCACACACUCCGUCAAAGAUUCAGUGUCCAGAGAGGUUUAUGUGUUGCUACCUCCUUUACAAACACAGUUCAACACCACUGCAACCUCAAUAAUGAACAUGUAGCUAAAGGAAAACCUCUCUGACAGUGUUGAUCAAAACUGAAAGACUUUUUAUUAUUUUCAUAAAAAAAGGUUUUUAUGGCUAAACUGUUAAAUUGGAUUUUGCAGGUGUACCAAAUAAAGUGGCCACACACACACACACACACACACACAUACACACACACACACACACACACACACACACACACACACACACACACACACACACACACACACACACACACACACACACGUUUGAAGUGAGCACUUGUGUUAUUUCCUUUGAAAUGAGUGAUUAAGUAUUUAAUGGUGUUGAUGGUCAAACUGUUCUGGUGGAUAUAAAAUCUGACAAACAUACAAGACAGUAUGUGUUGGAGUAAAACAGAUGUUUCCCUCUGAAGUACAGUACAAUAAAUGUUUAAUUAAAAUGUUAAUAAAGUGCCACAACUUAAAAUUAAUUAAAGUGGAGAAGAACAGUG